CUCGCAGAAAUAAUGAGCGACCAACAACGGGUGAUCCUUUCACUUACAUUGGUCGUCCAGACUUGCACUGCAGCAUUAACUGCUGAAAAAGCUUACGAGGAAUCCCAACACCCCCUUGCUAUUCUUCAUCGCGAUCUCGUUUCUCUACUUUCACUGCUUUAUGGUGCAGUCACAAAAGUCUCCCUCGCCCUGAAGCCAUCCAAGCCCACCUAUAGCGCUGCUCUUGCGCCUCUGAAAGACCUAUCUGAUCACUUAUCGGCAUUGUUUCACUGCUCUAGACACUUCAAUGACAGCCAUGGCGCAACUCUUAGACAAGAAAUUGACUUUCUCGUGAAAGACGCUAUGGAAGCGAUCCGUGCGCUUGCCCAGUGUUUUCUCGACAUUGAAUCGUCUGGAGUCCGUGUAGGCACUGGAAAAGCUGGCGAUGAAUACCUCGUUCGCACUGCCGCCUCGCACAACGUUCUGAAACGCGAUAUUUCCUCAACGAACCUUGUUGCUGUCCAAAAGCGUUGGAAAAUUUAUACCUCUUCCCUCGAGGACGUAUAUCGAGAAGUCGGAGAAAUGAUUGAGAAUGCGGACGCAUCAGAGGACCCAGACGAUGACCUGGAUGAUGGUUGGGACGAGCUUGGCCUACCGAAGGAUGAAAAACUUAACCCAGACGAGCUGGAACGUACAAAAAAGAUCUAUAUAAUGUUACGGCUACUUCAAGCGCUGCACAAGCGUAUCCUCGUUGAGAAUGUCUCAAAAUCGGAGGCGACCCUCGACGCGUUAGCUUCUACUUCGAGUGACUUACUCCGUGGCUGUGACGAUCUUGUUGCAACGCUCUAUUCGCCACAAGAUCCAGCUAAAAUCCAAAAGGAACUCACAGAGUUCCGCUCAAUCAUAUCUCGCCUCCAAUCAUCGCUUAAUCCACUCCAAGUACAAUUGGCGAAUCUAACUAUGGAGAGCAACGACACAAAGACCGGGCUUAAUACUCCUUUUGCCUUGAUUUAUAAAGCACUCGACUCCGUCAUCCAGCCAUAA